AAAAAAUGAAGGCCUAUACCUUAAUUCUCUCCUUAGCUUUCUUGCUUGGAACCUCCUCAGCAGAACAAUGUGGAAGUCAGGCCGGUGGAGCUGUAUGUCCAAAUGGGUUGUGUUGUAGCAAGUUUGGCUAUUGUGGCAGCUCAAAUGACUACUGUCAGACUGGCUGCCAGAGCCAAUGUAAAACUGGUGGAACCCCAACCCCAUCCCCGACACCUAGCGGCGGUGGCGGUGAUGUCGGCAGCAUCAUUAGCGGCUCUCUUUUCGACCAGUUGCUUAAAUAUCGAAAUGAUGGGCGAUGUAAAAGCAACGGAUUCUACACAUACAAUGCUUUCAUCGCUGCUACACGAUCUUUUGGUGGCUUUGGCACAAGUGGUGAUGUUAAUACACGUAAAAGGGAGAUUGCAGCUUUCUUGGCUCAAACCUCUCAUGAGACCACAGGAGGAUGGCCAAGUGCACCAGAUGGUCCAUAUGCUUGGGGUUAUUGCUUUGUUACAGAAAACCAACAAGCAAGCUACUGUACGCCAUCCGGUCAAUAGUCGUGUGCUGCCGGCAAACAAUCUUAUGGUCGGGGACCGAUUCAACUCACUUACAACUACAACUACGGGCAAGCAGGCAAAGCCAUUGGAGUUGAUCUCAUAAGCAAUCCAGAUCUGGUAGCCACCGACGCAACCAUAUCAUUCAAGACAGCCAUAUGGUUUUGGAUGACCCCACAGGGAAACAAGCCGUCUAGCCAUGAUGUCAUCAUCGGAAAAUGGACACCGUCCGCUGCGGACAGGUCAGCUAGUCGGGUUCCAGGCUAUGGUGUGAUUACCAACAUAAUCAACGGUGCGUUGGAAUGUGGGCAUGGUGCUGAUAGUAGAGUGGCUGAUAGGAUCGGGUUCUACAAAAGGUACUGUGACGCAUUGGGAGUAAGCUAUGGGGACAACUUAGAUUGCAACAAUCAGAGGCCUUUUGUCAAGAACUUAAAUAAACUUGGUUGCUUGCUUGAUUGUCUGUCGUCCUUGUUUUUGGGAUCCAAAGCAGAACAAUGUGGACAUCAGGCCGGUGGAGCUCUAUGUCCAAACGGCCUAUGCUGUGGUGAAUAUGGGUGGUGUGGCACCACAACUGCCUACUGUGGGAAUGGUUGCCAGAGCCAAUGUGCUGCAGCCCCUCCACCACCACCCCCCAAUUCAACUCCGUCCCCGCCUCCACCCUCCAACCCGACCCCAUCCCCGCCUCCGGGUGACGGUGUUGCCACCAUCAUCAGUGCCACUCUUUUUGACCAAUUGCUUAAAUAUCGGAACGAUCCGCGAUGUAGAAGCAAUGGAUUCUACACCUACAAUGCUUUCAUCGCUGCUGCAAAUUCUUUUGCGGGCUUUGGCACAACUGGUGAUGCUGAUACACGUAAAAGGGAGAUUGCAGCUUUCUUGGGUCAAACCUCUCAUGAGACCACAGGAGGAUGGGAAGCUGCACCAGAUGGCCCAUAUGCAUGGGGUUAUUGCUUUAUUGACGAAAACGACCCGCCCGAAGACUAUUGUAGGUCAAGCACCGAAUGGCCGUGUGCGCUUGGCAAACAAUAUUUCGGCCGGGGCCCAAUUCAACUCACUUACAACUACAAUUACGGGCAAGCGGGGCAAGCCCUUGGACUUGGACUUAAUCUCCUAAAUAAUCCGGAUCUAGUAGCCGAAGACGCAAUCCUAUCAUUCAAAACAGCCAUAUGGUUUUGGAUGACCCCACAGGCAAACAAGCCCUCCAGCCACGAUGUCAUCAUUGGAAAAUGGACACCGACCGCUGCCGACACGGCCGCCGGUCGGGUUCCGGGCUAUGGUGUCAUCACCAACAUAAUCAACGGUGGGGUGGAAUGUGGGCAUGGUCCUGACAGUCAUGUGGAGGAUAGGAUUGGGUUCUACGUAAGGUACUGUGACGAAUUUGGAGUAAGCUACGGGGACAACUUAGAUUGUAACAAUCAAAGGCCUUUUGCCUAA